CUUGUCAUCCCGCUGCGAAUGUCGACGCCGUUUUUUGACCGACUCUGAGUCAAGUGACGAUGGACUUCGCCGAGGAGUCGCCGCCGCCGCCGCCGCUGGGCACGGUGGAGACCAUGAUAACCCAUUUCUUCAGUGGAACUGUCGCUGGCUUUACUGGCGCCAUCGUCGGCUAUCCUUUGGAUACGAUCAAGUCCCGCAUGCAGACCCAGAUGCACUUGCCUGCUUCCUCGACCAGCACUCGCAUCACGCCAUUGCAAGCAUUUCUUCAUUCAAUACGACAAGAAGGCAUACUCUCGCUCUACAGCGGCGCAUCCACGCAAGUCGCUCGUCAAGCGAUUGGAUGCUCAAUAUUGUUCGGCCUGUUGUCACAAUUCAAAGGACUCUUCUACACGCCGUCCGACGGACCAGGGUCUCCGGAAGCGCACCCCCGAACAGUGUUGGCCGCGUCUGCCGCGUGUACUGGUGUCGUCGAAGCGUCUAUCUAUUGCCCGUUCGAGAUUACCAUGAUUCGCAUGCAGACCCAGGCGAUGCAGCAAAACACUUGGCAAUGCGCCGCGCGAAUCUACAUGGAUCAUGGACUGCGCAAUGGUCUCUACCGUGGGUUCUUUCCGACGUGCUCGCGGGAAAUGCUUGGCAACUUGGUGUACUUCUUGUCCUACGAACGGUUCAAGGACAUGCUGAAAACUCACACGAGCAUGACGGACAUGCAAGUGUACGGCGUCGCAGGAGCCGCCGCUGGCCCUGUCUAUUGGUGCACAAUUUUCCCCCUUGACACGAUCAAAGCAGUCGUCCAAGCGGAUGCCAUGGACCUUCGCCACCGAAAACACCAUGGGAUCCGAGACUGUGCAACCCAUUUGUACCGAGAAGGCGGUAUCAGUCGCUUCUUCCGCGGACUCUCGCCGUGUUUGAUUCGAACGAUGCCAGUCAGCGCCGUGAAGUUCAUGGCGUUUGAGAAGAGUGUGCAAGUGAUGACCCCGUGGUGGCCGUCGCAGCGUGCUGCGGCAACCACGUGAGAGGGUCCUUGCUUGGUCUCGUCAUUCUGUCGGUGAGCAUGCUGUACCAAUUAGAAGUAUUUCAAAAUGACGAAUUCAUCAGCCAAUCACAUGGUCUUGUUUACGUAUUUCCAUAAUAUUUUCGA